UCACAGUCAGCUGACUGCGACUGUAGGCUGCAGUUUGCUACUUCAGUGGAAAUGUGUUUUUGCUAUGUUGUGUUUUAGUCUUACGAGUGUUUUAUGUUCGAGUUUUUUUAUUAAUUUAUUUAACUUUACUCACAGCAGAUGUGUUAAGCUUGUCGGGACUUAAUGGGCUCCUCACAUUGUUUUUAAUAGCAGUUCGUGUUGGCGCAACUUCCUAAGUUGCCAUGUUCAUUAAUUAGCAGAAAUGCAGUGGAAAAGCUUUUCUGUCUUUGCGUUACUCAUUCACGUCACACAAACUUCAGGCACUUCAUAUGUGAUCACAGUUGAUGUGGGGAGACCAGUAGCAGAUCUGAAACACUUCUGGAGAAGCACUGGUUUCUGUCCCCCUCUCCCUCACAGCCAGGCCCACCAGUUUGACCUGAACAUCGACCAGCAGCUGAACCUGGCCUAUGUGGGCUCAGUCCCCCAUGGAGGGAUCCAGCAGGUCAGGAUACACUGGAUGUUGGAGCUGGUCACGGCACAAGAUAUUAGAGGACAACCCCAGUACAACUUCACUAAACUGGACCAGCUGAUAGAACUCUUGUGGAUUAAUGGACUCCGACCAGGUUUUGAACUGAUGGGCAGUGUCUCUAACUACUUCACUGAUUUUGAGGACAAAUCACAAGUGGUCGAGUGGAGAAACCUGAUUUAUCUCAUAGCCAAGAGAUACAUCGACAGAUAUGGUUUAGGAAGUGUUUCUCAGUGGAACUUUGAAACAUGGAACGAGCCAAACAACCAUGACUUCGAUAAUGUCACAGUGUCGAUUCAAGGAUUUUUAAACUACUACGAUGCCUGCUCUGAGGGUCUGCGUUCUGCCAGCAGUCUGCUGAGGUUUGGGGGUCCAGGAGACUCAUGUCAUUCCCCCCCACACUCACCAUACUGCUGGGCCAUGCUCCAGCACUGCUACAAUGGCACCAACUAUUUCACUGGAGAGACGGGGGUCCGAAUUGACUACAUCGCUCUGCACAAGAAGGGAGGAGGCUACUCCAUGCCCAUCCUCCAGCAGGAGAUCCAGACAGUGGGGGAGAUCCAGGAGCAUUUCCCCCGCUUCUGCAGCCUCCCUGUUUACAAUGAUGAGGCUGAUCCUCUGGUGGGCUGGUCCAGGCCUCAGGAGUGGAGGGCUGACGUGACCUACGCAGCCAUGGUGGUCAAGGUAAUCCACCAGCACCAGGAUCUGCUGCUGACUGACCCAAACAGCACCAUCAACUACACCCUGCUCAGCAACGACAACGCCUUCCUCAGCUACCACCCGCACCCCUUCACCCAGCGCACGCUGACCGCACGCUUCCAGGUCAACAACACCCAUCCGCCUCACGUGCAGCUGAUCAGGAAGCCUGUCCUCACCGUCAUGGGCCUGCUGGCUCUGCUAGGAGAGACCCAGGUCCUGGCUCAGGUUUUGAGCUCAGCAGGAACCAACAACAGCACAGUGGGAGUUCUUGCCAGCAGCCACAAGCCUGUAAUACAUGGCACCUCAGACAGCUGGCAGGCAGCAGUGCUGGUCUACAACAGUGACGACAACAGCACCUCUACCAGCACUGAUGAUGUCACUGUCUCACUGAAAGGACUGGCUGCACAAACAGGUCUUGUGUAUGUCACAUAUUACAUGGACAAUAAUGUGACUAACCCGUACCAGCUGUGGCAGAGCAUGGGAGGCCCUGACUACCCCACAGCAGAACAGUUCAGACGGCUCCGGACUGUGCAGGACGCUCAUGUUGAUGGACCCUGGCCCGUUCCUGCAGGCGACACUCUGACUCUGAAAGCUAAACUGUCUGUGCCCUCUGUCCUCCUGAUCCAUGUUUGUGCUCAGGCCAAAGCUGUGCCAGACCAGGUCAAUGGAUUACGCUUCAUCCGGAUCACCAAAGGCCAAGUCCUGAUUGUCUGGUCUGAUCACUGUGUUGACUCCAAAUGCAUCAAGACAUUUGAAGUGGAAAUCUCUACAGAUGGCAAGGAGUUCAGCAGGAUUAAUACCCAGGACACCAUUUUUACCUCAUAUGUUUAUUCACCUGUGGACCAGGAGAUUGGCGGUCUGUACAGAGUUCGAGCGGUGGACUACUGGGGAAGACCUGGCCCGUACUCACUGCCUGAGAGGUAUUCAGAGGAGCACUAGAGCAGGGUCAACUCCAGUAGCAUUCAUAACACGUUCUUGAAUUCUCUUGUACAGUGUAAAUUCAUUUUUAUAGAGAUCAAUAUGUUUUAUGAUUCAUCUGUGAGCAGUUCAGCACUGUUUCAUCUGCCCAGUCACACCACAGAUAUACAAUUAUUAUUUUUGAACAUGUUCUUUUUGACAGUAAAAAUGUGAAAUGAGAAUUUGAAUGGUUGCUGUUGCACUUGCAUAUCAUGUGUCGUUAUUGGAAGGAAAGUACAAGUUUUAUACAUCAUUUGACUGAAUGCUGAGAUUAGUUAGAACCUGUUACAGACAUGCAAAUCAUAUCGAUACAUUCAGAAUGUUUUGUAGGUUUUAAUUGUUAUAUUUUAUACUUGAAAUGUCUCAAAUUUUUAUGAGACGUGAAUGUGUUUUUUAUAGUGGAUAAGUAAAAGUUGGAUCAUCCACCAAUCAAAAGUGUUUACAGUCAUUUCAACAAAGACAAGGACAACUGCAAGUUUCUUUACAAAAUUUAUUGUCACCAAUACAGAACAAUUAAACAGUGCAGAUGUUUCCCAUCA